AUGCUUCAACACAAUUUAGGAAACAAAUAGACAGGAUUAGAUUCUUAGAAUGAUAAUAUAGAAUAAGGAACAUUUGAAGUAAGAUUCAUCUCAUCAAUAUAUGUAUAUAGCACUGAAAAUAUUGUAGCAAUGGAUGUAGAAUAUGGAGGAGGCAGGACAGUACCUAGAAUAGCAGUUGUUAACUUCAACGAGGAAUGUGUAUACUACUCUGAUUUCUGUUUGAGAUAUGAGGACUGGGUAGAAACAAAAAUCACUGAGGACAUUGAACAUUCUCGAAAGUAAGAUUAGAGAGAGAAGAAAAUAUACUUCUCUGAUAAAAAGAAAGAUAGCUAAGAAGAUGCAAUAACUACAAUUCUAAAAUCCCAAGAUAAGAUAGACGAGGCAGCUGCUGAAGUUGAAGAGGAUAAUGAAGAUGAUGAGGAAUGUGGACAGUCGGAAGGAGAUGAGAUGGAAAUGAACGAAGAGGAUUUGGAUGAUGAGGAAUUAAAAGAUAUGGAUGUUUUGAGUGAUGACGAAGAUUAAAUAGAAGAGGAGAUUUUUAGACAACACAAGGAAUUUGAUGAGAAAAUGAUUGAUGAUGACUUUAAAGACUCUGAGGAGUAAUUAAAGAAAGAUUUGAUUGAGCAAGAAUUAGGUGAUAUUAAAAAGAAUUAGAAGGAUAGUCCUUAUAAGUCUGAUUCUGAGUAAAAAAUAAAGAAGUUUUUAGAUGCUGAUGAAAGCAAGCCAAAAAAUACAGCCUAAUCUAGACCAUUCAUGUCAUAAAAAGCCCAGAUAUCAUCAUAAUCUUAAAGUAAGUAUAAGAGAAAGAGUAGGCUCCAGAUGAUGGAAGAGUAAUUAGAUAAGUAAAGACAUAGGGAUGAGUAUCUUUUCAACUAAAAUAAAAACCCUAUGAAGUAGAGAUAGAAUAUAAAUUUCAAUCAUAACGAGGAUAAUAUAAACGGAGUGUUUGAGUUGAAUCCAGAUGAACUUAUGAGUGAAACAGAAUAGCACUCUCAGGAUGAUAAGGAUACUGAUAAUAGCAGUGAAAAUGACAAUGUAAAAGAUCAUGACUAGCAGCAUAUUCCAAAUGUGAUAAGGUACUCAACUAACACUGAGGAUUUGAUAGAGGAUCAUACAGGUGUAAAAAGAAAGCCAUUCAAACUAAUGCACAGAGAGCUCAAAGAAAUCCUGAAGGGAAAGAUAGUUAUAAUGCAUAACCUUAACAAGGAUUUUUCAUACUUAAGACUCACUAGACAUGAUUGCCUGAGAACUGUGGACACAUCGCUGCUUAAAAUGUUCUAAAGAAAGAAUUUGAAGAGGAAACUUAGAGAUUUGGUCUUGGAAUUCUUAGAUGAAAAAAUUCAAAAGACAAUAAAUCACAGUCCUGUAUUUACAAGAGAACUAAAUAUCUAUCCAGUUCGAAUGAUGUACAACUGCCUUUAUGGAAGCAAAGAAGCAAGAUUUAAAGAUCCUCCCGACAUUAAAAACAUUGAUGAUGUGAUGGGACCCAACACUGAAGUAUUCAAAGUUAACAACGAUACACCUGGAGAUCCAAAUGAAUCUCAAUAUGUUGCUCUAGCUUAUAAUUGGGUAGUGAAUGAGGCAGAUGAAAGAGAGAUCAUUAGAGUAUCAGUCAUCAAUGAAAAAGGGCACACUCUAUUCGACUCAAUUGUAUAACCUACCAGACUAAUUAAAUAUGUGCCAUUGUUCAACCUUUACCUCUAUGAUCCCUCAUUUGGAAUUCCUUUGAAAUAUCUCGUAGAGAUGCUUAAUGUAGUCUUAGAUAAAAAGAUAGUAGUGGGUUACCAACUAAACAAGCUAUUCAAGGGUCUAAGCUUGUCAAAUGUCUAUACUGUUAGAGACAUAGUUGUGAAUGAUACAAUAGGGAUAAACUCUUCUUAUAAUUUGGCUAAGACAUUCUUUGAUUUUAGCAUGGAUAAGUUUUUCAGGUCCACUAUUACUGAAGCGAGACUAUACUUGUCACUCUACAAGUGCUUUUAAAAUGAAAUCGAUGAUUACUAUUUAAAGUAUUCUAUCGCUGAAGAUAUGGAACAGUUUUUAUAAUAGGAUGAAGACUAUGUAGGACCACAAGUUGAUUUAUAGGUUGAAGAAGAGCUAGAAGGCUUUAGAGAUUAAAUAUUUGAAAAUGAGAUAGAAAGCAGCAAUUAUUAAUUGGAUGAAGGUCAACCUCAAAUUGGAAUUUGA